AUGCGGGCAACACCUACGGAAUCGUUCAGUUUCGUUUAUAGUUGCGAUUUACAAACGAAUGUACAAGUUAAAGUUGCUGAAUUCGAAGGGAUAUUUCGUGACGCGAUAAAUCCAGUGAGAAGACUGAAUCAGUUGUUUGCGGAGAUUACGGUCUACUGCAACAAUCAACAAAUCGGUUAUCCAGUCUGCACAUCGUUCCAUACUCCACCGGAUUCGUCCCAACUUGCUCGCCAAAAACUCAUUCAGAAAUGGAAUGAAUGGCUGACUCUUCCAAUCAGAUACUCGGAUUUGAGUCGCGAUUCAUUCCUUCACAUCACAAUUUGGGAACACGAAGACGAUGCAGAUUACGUGAAUAAUUUGAACUCAACAUUCCCUCGAAGACUCGUUGCCCAAUCGAGGUUGAGCAUGUUCUCAAAACGUGGAAUUCUGAAAUCAGGAGUGAUCGAUGUCCAAAUGACAGUAUCCGAAAAACCAGAUCCAUACACGAAACAAGCAGAAACUUGGAAGUUUUCGGAUGCAUGGGGAGAGGAAAUCGAUCUACUUUUCAAGCAAGUCACUCGACAAUCACGCGGUCUUGUUGAAGAUGUUCCAUGGUUGGACCCUUUCGCAUCAAGAAGAAUUGAAUUGAUCCGAGCGAAAUACAAGCAUUCAUCACCUGAUAGACACAUCUUUUUGGUAUUGGAAAUGGCAGCGAUCCGACUUGGACCAACUUUUUAUAAAGUUGUUUAUUAUGAAGACGAAAGCAAAAAUAUGCGAGUCUCUACCUCAGUCAACGGUGGUGUCGGAAUUGUGACCGCUUGUACCCGUUACUGUGUAGCUGAUCCCGAACUCCUUCUGGAUUCCCUCGCAGAAGUGAAACACAGUGCAAUGACUCGCCGAAUCCGUGAUUCUGGAGAUGAACGUCAUCGUCAAGUGAAACCAAAUAAACAAGCGAAGGAUCGUCUCGAAAUGAUAGUAAAUCUACCAUCUUCUCAAGUUUUGACAAGAGAACAAAGAGAUUUAGUCUGGAAAUUCCGUCAUUAUUUGAGACAAUUCCCGAAAGCGUUGAAUAAAUAUCUGAGAUCUGUCAAUUGGGCGCAACCACAAGAAGUCAAAAUGGCAUUGGCAUUGAUGAAUGAUUGGGAACUGAUCGAAGCGGAAGAUGCUCUCGAAUUACUCUCAUCUGCAUUCACUCACCCUGCAGUACGUGCGUAUUCUGUUUCACGUCUUCUAGAAGCUGCUUCACCGGAACAAGUCUUGCUGUAUCUCCCACAACUUGUACAAGCUUUGAAAUACGAACAAAAUCAAUCAGGAGAUACUGAAGAAGAAGCACAAACUCCAGAAGACGCCCCGGAAUCUGUCAAAAAAGCAACGACGCCUACAUCAGAGGAUUCAGAAGCGAAGGAUAUUCAAGUGGUGACUAAGAAGGAAGCGAGGAAGGCUAGUGGAGAUUUGGCAACUUUCUUGAUAGACUACGCCCUGGCCUCCCCGAAAGUGUCAAAUUAUCUCUAUUGGCAUCUGAAAACUGAGAUCGAAUCGACGAAAACAACCGAGGAGCAUCUAUCAAAAAUGUAUCAAAACAUUCAAGAUCGUCUAAUGGAAGCAUUGGUGAAGAGACACGAUACUCGAGCUCAAGUUGAUUCAUUACAACAGCAACAAGUAUUCGUAGAAGAUUUGAUUGUAUUAAUGAAUGAAGCGAAAGCAAGAGGAGGGAGAUUGAAUGACGGAAAAUCAGCAGAAUUCAGGACAAUGUUAUCAAGAGCAAAGCAUAUGUUGGAACUGAAAGGUGUUCAUCUUCCGUUGGAUCCCAGCUAUCGUCUGAUAUCAGUCAUUCCCGAUACUGCCGGAUUCUUCAAAUCAGAAAUGAUGCCAGCCAAAAUAUCAUUUAAAGUCCAGCCGACAACUGGAAAAGUUGACAAGAAUUUCCUAGAAGAAUAUACAGUAAUUUUCAAGACUGGAGAUGACUUGAGACAGGAUCAAUUGAUUCAACAAAUGGUUCGAUUGAUUGAUAUUAUACUGAAGAAAGAACAAUUGGAUCUGAAGUUGACACCAUACUUGGUUCUCGCCACCGGAGUCGGUCAAGGAUUCGUUCAAUGCAUCAAAUCGAAACCACUUCGUGCUAUACAAGAGCAAUAUAAAGCACAUAAAUUGGAUUGUAUUCGUGAAGCAAUGAAAGAAUUACGUCCAGGAGAUGGUCCAUUCGGAAUUGAAUCAAAUGUUAUCGAUAAUUAUGUCAGAUCUCUCGCCGGUUAUUCUGUAAUUAUGUACAUCCUUGGUCUUGGUGAUCGUCAUUUGGACAAUCUGCUUCUCUGUGAAAAUGGAAAACUGUUCCAUGUGGAUUUCGGAUUCAUUCUGGGAAGAGACCCGAAACCAAUGCCUCCACCGAUGAAAUUGACUUCUGAAAUGGUUCAAGUCAUGGGCGGAGUUAAGAGUAAACAGUUUUUAGAAUUCGUUCAACAUGUCGACUCAGCGUAUCGAAUUCUAAGAAGACACUCGAAUGUUCUUCUUAAUUUAUUCUCUUUGAUGUUGGACGCUGGAAUUCCAGAUAUUGCAUCCGAACCCGAUAAGGCUAUAUUCAAGAUUGAACAACGUCUUCGUUUGGACCUUUCGGAUGAGGCAGCCACAAAACAUAUUUUCACUCAAAUCGAAUCCAGUCUCAAUGCGAAAAUGGCUAUGAUUUCGGAUAUUAUUCAUGCAUACAAACAGAAUUUGAUGUAA